UUCACUCUCCCUCUGUUCAGUCCGGGAGUGGGAAGCACAACUCACAGCCGACGAGACAUGUUGAGAUUCCCUCUUCGCUUUUAGCUGAAGAGACAUGUUGAGAUUCCCUCUUCGCUUUUAGCUGAAGAGACAUGUUGAGAUUCCCUCUUCGCUUUUAGCUGAAAAGCCGUCUUAAGGCCAGAAGGUAGCUGCUCGAACAAAACAUGGCUGGUUCUAAGGUCAUACUAUCUGGGAUGGAUAGCAAGCGGGACGGUCAGGAGUAUGAGCAGGGCCGUAUCCGGGAGCUGCAGGAGCAGCGGAUGACCGUGCAGAAGAAGACCUACACCAAAUGGAUGAACAGCGUCUUCGCUAAAAAUGGGGAGGAGGUGAACCUGACUGACGUUUACACCGAGCUGAAGACAGGAGUGUCCCUGGUGCGUCUCUUGGAGCUCAUCUCCGGGGAACCCCUGCAAACACCUAGUCGCCGAACCAUGAGAGUCCACUGCCUGGAGAAUAACAGCAUUGCCAUCAACUUCCUCAAGAAAAAGAAUAUCCGAAUGGACCUGAUCGCUCCUGAGAACGUUGUGGACGGAGACAGAACGCUCAUCCUGGGCCUCCUAUGGAUCAUCAUUCUGAGGUUCCAGAUCGGAUUCAUUAACUUAGAUGAGGUGGACGGUAAUGCCAGCCUUGCCCACCGAUCCGCCAAAGAGGCCCUCCUUAUCUGGUGCCAGCACAAGACAGCUGGCUACUCUAAUGUGAAUGUACAGGACUUCUCUAAAAGCUGGCGGGAUGGCUUGGCAUUCAACGCCCUCAUCCAUGCACAUCGGCCCGACUUGUUUGAUUACUGGCGUCUGCGCGAGGACGACCCGAAGCGGAACCUGACUCAUGCCUUCACCCUGGCCGAGAGCGAGUUUGGCAUCAUGCAGCUGCUGGAGGCAGAGGACAUCAUGGUGCCGCACCCAGACGAGCGGUCCAUCAUGACCUACGUCUCCCUCUACUACCACUACUUCUCCAGGAUGAAGCAGGGCCAGACGCUCCAGAAGAGGAUCGCCAAGAUCGUGGGUCUCUUAAAAGAGCUGGAUGACCUGAAGCAAGACUAUGAGCGGAUGGUGACCGACCUGCUGAGAUGGAUCCAAGAGAAAGUGGUGCAACUGAACGACCGCCGUUUCCCAAACUCCUUGCGCGAGAUGCAGAUCCUGGUUGCCGCCUUCAAGACCUACCGCACCGUGGAGAAGCCCCCAAAGUACCAGGAGCGCGGAGCGCUAGAGGCCCACCUGUUUGACCUGCGUACGAAGCUCAGCACCAACAACAAUCGGGCCUACGUUCCUCCGGAGGGUCAAACGCUUCGGGAUGUGGAGCGUGAGUGGCUGGUGUUGGAACGCGCGGAACACGAGCGCGAGGGAGCCCUUCAGGCGGCCCUACUGAGGCUCGAGCAUUUGGAACAGCUAGCGCAGAAGUUUGAGCGCAAAGCUAAGCUGCGAGAGACCUACGUGGAGGACGCGCUGCGACUGCUCGUGCGGCAGGAUCCACAAACGCAGGGCGAUCUGGAGGACGCGCAGGCCGUGGCGCAGAGGCUGGAAGCGCUGGCCACUGACGGACUCGCCCGGGAACCGCGUUUCAGGGCGCUCAGCGAGAUGGCUGUCGUCAUUCAGAGAGAGAACUACCAUAGCAAGGAGCAGGUGGCUCGCAGAGAGCAGAAGAUCUCUCAAUGCUGGCAGGAGUUCCUGGAGGGCCUGGAACAGAAAAGGGCGCUGACGGGUGACAUAGUGAACACCCUCUCUGUCCUCAGGGACAUCCAGAUGGCUUCACAGGAACUCAGCGAACUACAGAUGCAGGCUGGCUCGGAGGAGUACGGUAGGCAGCUGGAGGAGGUGGUGGAGCUCCUGCAGAAGCAGGACCUGCUGGACGCUCAGAUUUCAGCCCAGGGGGAGACGUUGGGCUCCCUGAGUGGCCGCGCCCUGAAGGAGGGGGCGCACCGGGACCCGCGGCAGGUGCAGGCCAGUGUGCGCCAGCUCCACAGCCAGUACAGCGCUCUGCAGGCCCUCAGCAAGAGGAGGAGGACGGGUCUUGAGGAGCAGCGGGGGCUGUUUGAGUUUUACUUUGACUGUGACGAGCUAGAGGCCUGGAUCUAUGAGCGCUGGCUCCUUCUGCAGACCGCCGGCCUGGGCAGAGACCUCAGCCAGAUCCAGCAGGCCCAGCUGAAACACAAGGUGUUGGAGGCGAUGGUGCAGUCCCAUGAGGCGGAGCACACAGCUGUGGUGGCACGGGGGGAGGAGCUGUGCGGCAGGAAGCCCCAGAGCGAGAGCGCCAUCAGGAAGUGGCUGAGGACGCUGGGACGCCAGUGGGAACAGCUCAGGGAAGAAGUGACCAAUCACAGAGAGCGCUUGCAUGCUGCCAGUGUCAUCAAACAGUACUUCGCCGACGCGGCCGAGGCCAACUCCUGGCUGGGCGACCGCAGGCCCAUCCUGGCCAGCGAGGAUUAUGGGAAGGACGAGUGGAGCAGCACCGCCCUGCUACAGCGCCACCAGCGUCUGGAGAAGGAGAUCGGCGCCUACGCCUCCGAGGUCAAGCGCCUGGGCGAGCAGGCCAGGAACGCCGCCCAGAUGGCCGCUCUGACCGUGCUGACUGUGGAGCCUAAGCGGAGCAGGAUGGCUCAGUACAGCGACUCAGGUGAGGAGGAGGAGGACGAAGGUGGUGCGAAGAAACGAGGGAAGCUGCCCGUGCCGAAGGAGAUUGUGACGCCAAAGACUCCUCCUGAGCCACAGGGAGCCACAGCCAAGAUCAGAUUCAAAUACAGAGGGCCAAAGGUCACCAUGGACCGUGGGGAGGAGGUCACUGUUCUCAGCCAGGAGAAUAAGGAGCAGUGGCUGGUGAAGGACAGUAAAGGGAACGAGCAGCUGGUUCCUACUGUGUACAUCACUGAGCUGCAGCCCAUGUCUAAAGCCCCAACUGUACUUCUGACUCCUCCUACGACAAAUGGGGUGUCUGAGAGUCCCCCGCGGAGGGUGAACCCCCCCCGCCGCCGCCGCCGCUCCUUGCGCCGAGGCACCGCCGAGAUCAAGUGGAUCCCCGACCCCCACCUCCAGAGGGACACGGUGGAGAGGACUCAGAGGGAGCUGGAGGACGACUACAGGAGCCUCUCCCAGCUGGCCCAGUCAAGGAAGCAGGCUCUGGAUGAAGCCGCACAGCUGCAUCAGUUCUGCAACACGUGUGAUGAGUUUGAGUCGUGGAUGGAGGACAAGGAGCACAUCCUCAACACCUUCAGCGCUGACAUGGACGCCGCCGGGGUAGUGCAGGCCAAGUACGAGAACUUCCUGACAGAGCUGGCCAGUGGGAAGGGACAGCUGGAUGACAUCACCAGGCUGGGGGAGGGGCUCGUGAAGAGCCGCCACAGCAAAAAGCGAGAGAUUCAGACCAAACAAGGACAGGUGACCCGCAGAUGGGAGCGCCUGCAGCAGCUGAAGGACGCGAAGGCCCAUGAGCUGAUGAGCUCGGCCGACGUGCGCUCGUUCCUCCAGAGCUGCGAGGAGGCGCGGGGGCAGCUGCAGGAGAAGCUGGCCCAGCUGGACAACCCCGACGUGGGCGGCUCCCCCGCAGCGCUUCAAACCGAGGAGCGGCGGCAGCUGCAGGCCCUGAGAGAGAUCGACGCCCUGGAGAGGAAGAUCGAGUACCUCAAGAGCGUAGCUAAGAUGAAACAAGACUGCAGUCCUGCGGAGAGCGCCGCCAUCCUGGAGGAGGUGCGCGGCCUGGAGGCGCUGCUGCGGGAGGUGCGGGCCCAGGCGGAGGAGCGCCAGCGGAGACUGGAGGAGGCGCGCCGGCUGCAGCGCUUCCAGAAGGAGACGCGGGACCUCCUGCUCUGGGCGGAGGCCGCGCGGGAGCAGAUAACGGAGGAGGAGCAGGGCUCGGACGUGGCCACGGCUCAGGCCCUCCUGGAGAGACACCAGGAGCUGCAGCAGGAGAUCCAGCAGCACAGGGAGAGGCUGAAGGAGAUGGAGAAGCUGGGGAGCACACUGGGGAGCAGCGGGGAGGUGCGGCGCACCCUGGCCCAGCUGGAGGAGGAGUGGGCCGGGCUGGACAGGCUGUGGGCGGGCCGCAAGCGCAAGCUGGAGCAGGGCCUGGAGCUGCAGAAGCUCAACCUGGAGGCCGACCGCAUCGAGGCCACGCUCUCCGCUCACGAGGCCCGCCUCAGGGUCACCGACCUGGGAGGCUCUGUGGAUAAUGUACACAGCUUGCUGGGCAGGCAGGAUGAAUUGGAGGCUCUGCUUCAUGCUGUGGAGCUGCAGAUCAACAACUUUCACGAGAAGAGCCGAGAGCUUGUGAAAAAGCGUCACUUUGCUGCCCAACAGGUCCAGGCGAGAUCAGAGAGUAUCCAGGAGAGGAGCAUGAGAGUCAGGCGGAGCUGUAAGGAGAGGAGGGCCAAGCUUCUCGCCGCCAAAAAACAUCAGGAGUUCCUCAGAGACGAGGAGGAGAUGCUCCUGUGGAUGGAUGAGAAGUUUGAGAUCGCGGAGGACGAGUCGUACCGGGACCCAACCAAUGUCCUCCGCAAGCUGAAGAAGCACGAGGCUGCCGAGAAGGAGAUGCAGGCCAACCAAGUGCGCUUGGACCGGCUGCUUGAAUUAGGGCAGGAGGUGCAGGUGGACAGUCCCUCUACGAAGCAGGAGGUGCAGAAGACGUGCAGACAGGUGCGCCGGCGCUGGGACGAGCUCCAGAGGAAGAUGGCCGACAGGGGAGACAAACUCAGACAGGCCGGUCAGCAGGAGCAGCUCAUGGAACUUCUACAGGAUGCAAAGCUGAAGAUCGAGGCCAUCCAGAGGAUGCUGCAGUUUGCGGUGAAAGGAGAGGACCUCCGCUCCAGUCGCCAGCUCCUGAAGGAGCACCAGCAGCUUGAGCAGGAGGCGCAGGAGCUCGCAGACAAAAUCAACUCCAUCGUAUCCCGUGCCAAACACCUGGCCACCAACCACUUCGACUCGCAGACCAUCCUGCAGGAGACGGACACUUACCUGAAGCUGUUUAAGUCCCUGCAGAAGCCCCUGGACGAGCGCCGGAGUCAGCUGGAGGCGGCCGUGGAGCUGUUUGGCUUCUACCACGACGUGGACCUGGAGCUCACCUGGAUCUCCGAGCACCAGCCUCUCGCCGAGACCAGCAGCUACAGCAAGUCUCUGGCUGGGGCCAUCAGUCUGCUCAAGAAGCAUAAGGAGCUGCAGGCCGAGGUGAACGCUCACCGGCAGCAGCUGGAGCGCAUGCAGGAGAGGGGCAAGGCCUUGAGGAGGUCGCACGCGUGGGCCGGGAAGGAGCUGCAGGAGAGGUGUGACAACCUGGCCGAGGAGUGGGAGGAGCUGGAGGAGUCCUGUGACCGGAGGGCCGUCCACCUCAACAAGGCUCGCGCCCGCGAACAGAUCUUGCUGGACUGUACAGAACUGGAGACGCGGGUGUCUGAGUGCUCGGCCCUGGUCAGUUCUGAUUACGGCAGAUCUGAGCCUGCGACUGAAAACCUCAUCAUACAGCACCAGGCAGUAGAAGGGAAGAUAGAGGUGUUGGUAGCGGAGGUGGAAGAUCUGAAGAGCAGUGUGGAGCAUGCGGUCCGAACCAUGGGCCUCGAUGAACUAAACCGGCCCUGCAGCCGCAUCAGAAGCCAGAUGACGGAACUGGAGCACCUCGCCACUCUCCGCUCCCAGAAGCUGCAGGAGGCCCUUCGCCUGCAUGAGUUCCAGCGUGAGUCCUCCGAGCUGGAGGACUGGAUCUCUCAGCAGAGACAGGUCGCGUCCUCUGAAGACUAUGGCACCGACUACAACAAUGUCCUGCAACUGCGUGGGAAGUUUGCGGUGUUCCUCCAGCAGCUGGAGGUAGGAAUGGAGAGACUGCACGGCUGCAAGGACCUCACUGACACACUCGUCAAAAACAACCAUCCCGAGGCACGCCUUAUUCGGCACACACACGAUGAGCUAAGGGAGCUAUGGGAUGAUCUGCAGACCCUGGCUCAGGAGAGACAGGACAGGCUGCUGCAGUCAGAGAAAUGUUACGGAUGCCACAAAGACCUGAUGGAGGCACUGGCCCAGAUAGAGGAGCGCUUUAAGAGCAUACCUGAAGACAUUGCUAAGGACCUGCAGGGAGUUCUCUCUCAGCUACGCAAACAUGAGGCACUGGUUCAUGAGCUCACUGGGAAUGAGCAGCAGCUUCAGGAGCUGCUGGAUGCGGUGGACAGUGUGCUGGGAGCGUGCUCAGCAGAGCUCCGGACCAAGCUGCAGGAACGGCAGCAGGAGCUGGUGGAGCGCUGGGAAAAACUGCGCCUCCACCUCGACAAGAGGGAGGAGCAACUGAACCACGCCCGCCAAAGAUACCAGUUCCUAAACACUGCUCAGGACUACACCCUAUGGAGUGCCCAUGUGCUGAGUGGGAUGCGGGUGGAGGAGUCCAUUCGGGACGUGGCCACGUGUAGCCUGCAGCUGGCUCAGCACCAGCAGCUCUGGGCCGAGAUCGAGGCGCGGGAGGAGAGCUACACCCGGGCCCUGGCCAUGGGGGAGGAGCUACUGCAGCUGGACCCUUCCCAUGCCAAAGAGGUGCGUGAGAAGCUGAGCUCCCUGGAGCAGGACAGAGAGGAGCUCCAUGGCCACUGGAAGGAGAAGCAGCGCUGGCUGGAGCUGACUCAGCAGGAGCAGAUCUUCUACAGAGACUCCGAGCACCUGGACACCAUCUCCAACUCACAAGAGAUUCUGCUGAAGAACAGUGAUCUGGGCAAUACAGUGGACGAGACGGAGAGACUACUUAAACGUCAUGACGCCUUCCAGAAACUUCUCAAUGCCCAGGAGGAAAAGAUGAUUGCGCUGCAGGAGCUGGCGAGCCGUCUGCAGAAAGAGGACCUCAAGCGCGAGAAGGCCAAACGCAUCCGCAACAAACUCAGUGCCCUUGAGGAGAGGAGGAGACGCAUCCAGGAGCUGUCCGUCAAACGCGGGGAGGACUUGGACAUGUCCCGGCUGCUCUGCAUCUUCAGCCGGGAUGCUUCUGAGGCGGAGGAGUGGGUGACGGAGCGCAUGCUUAAGAUGCAGGAGGACACCAAGAAGGACCUGAGCAACCUGCAGACCAAGAUGAAGCUCCUCCAGAAGCACCAGGUGUUCGAGGCCGAGAUCCUCGCCCACAACAAGAUCAUCGAGUCUGUGCAGCAGGCUGGAGAUGAGCUGAUCUCACUGCAUCACCCAAAGUCUAAGGAGAUCCAUGCUACCAUCAGUGCCCUGAUCAAACACUGGGAGGCGCUCAAACAGGCAGUGGCAGCAAGAGGGAAGGUUCUAGAAGACAAUCGAGACUUCUUGGAGUUCCUGCAGAAGGUGGAUCAGGUGGAGAUGUGGAUUAGACAGAAGGAAGUGAUGAUAAAUGUGGGCGAUGUUGGGGAGGACUAUGAGCACGGCCUUCAGCUUCUGAAGAAACUUAACGAGUUCCGAGGAACAGGGACAGGGGAGGUGACUAUGGAUGACGGCCACAUCAGGGCCAUCAAUAGCCUGGCCACUCGUCUGGAGAGGCAGAACUGUGACGAGCUGGACACUGUGAAGAAGAGGAAACAGCAGCUCAACGAGCGCUGGAGUAAUUUCCAUGGUGACCUGAGCCGCUAUAAGAAGAGGCUGGAGGGAGCCCUGGAAGUGCACGCCCUCAUGAGGGAGCUGGAGGAAGUACGCGAAAGAGCCAACGAGAAGAUGCUGCUGUUGCAAGAUGGGGACUGUGGCUGGGACGUCGACAGUGUUGAGGGUCUGAUUCGCCGGCAUGAGGAGACGGAGAGGGAGCUAGGGGUGAUCCAGGAGAGGGGAACGGCUCUGGAGAAAGAAGCGAAGGGGCGCCUGAGGAGCCAAUCAGAGCUGACGGACAAACUCAAAGUGAAGCAGACAGAAGUGAACACGGCACUGCUGAACCUGGAGAGAGAGGUCAAACGCAGGAAGGAGCGCCUGCAUGAUGCUCAUGAGCUGCAGCUCUUCAAGGCCAACCAGCGCCUCCUGCUGGACGUCACGCUGAAGAACAGCUCUGAGAUGGCACAGAAAGGUCUGCCCAAGAGCAAGGCCGAGGCCGAGGGCAUGAUCGCUGAACACCAGGACUGGAAGACGGAGAUUGAUGCUCGUGCUGAUCGCAUUGAGUCUGUGAGGAGCUUUGGGCAGCGGCUGGUGAAGUCUGGCCACAGUUCAGCACAGGAGAUCAAGACGGCCGUGAAUAGCCUGCAGGAUGCCAAGAACGGGCUGGCCGAAGCUUGGCAGGACAGGAGGACUCAGCUGGAGCAAGCCCUUAAUUUACAGGUCUUCCUGGGCUACGUGGAACAGAGUGAGAGCUGGCUCAGUAACAAGGAGGCCUUCUUGGCUAAUGAAGACUUAGGGGGCUCCCUGUCUGAGGUAGAGCAGCUGCAGAGGAAGCAGGCUCUGUUUGAGCAGACGCUGGGGGCGGAGGUGGAGCAGGUGGAGGCCGUGCAGCGGCGCGCUCAGCAGCUGCAGCAGCAGAAGCACUACGACUCCACCAGCAUCCAGACCAAGAGCAGAGCCCUGCAGCUCAGGAAAGAGAAGCUGCUGGAGACGAGUCGAGCACGGCGCCAGGCACUGGAGGAGUCUCUGCAGCUCCACAGGUUCUUGGGUGGCAGCUAUGAGCUCUGUUCCUGGCUUAAUGAGAAGAAUGCCAUUGCCCUGGACGAGAGCUGGAGGGACCCCAUCAACCUGCAGGCCAAGCUGCUGAAACACCAGAGCUCGGAGGCAGAGAUCCUGGUCAACCACGGCCAGGUGGAGGCCCUCACCCAGGAAGGCGAGCGAAUGCUCGCUGCAGGCCACCCUGCUGUGAAGAACAUUAAGCCCAGGGUAAAGGACCUGAAGGACUGCUGGACUCAGCUCUUGGACAACUGCAGAGAGAAGAAGUCACGCCUCCAGCAAGCCUAUCAGGCCCUGCAGUUCCAGCGCUCCCUGGACGACAUGGAGGAGUGGCUGAGCUCCGUGGAGAAGGAGGUCUCCAGCAAGGACUGUGGCACUGACCUGGCCUCCGUCAUCCGGCUGCUGAAGGCCCUGCACGACCUGGAGGAGGUGGUGGACGGCCACCUGGAGAGGCUCCAGGCCCUGGUGGGCACAGCCAAGGAAUUCUCUGCCCAGGGCAACUUCUUGGCCAAGGAGAUACAGCAGAGAGUCCAAGGAACAGUCAACAGGUACAACAACCUGGCUGAUCCUCUGCAACAGCGAAGGGAGACCCUGGAGUCAUGGCACAUGCUGUUCCAGUUCAACCGCGACAUGGAGGACGAGCUGGCCUGGAUUCAGGACAAGCUGCCGACAGCCUCCUCCAAAGACUGGGGCACGUCGCUCCAGAGCACACAGGCCAUGCUAAAAAAACACCAGGUGGUGAUGCAGGAGAUCACAAGUCGCUCCCCAUUGGUGCAGGCCGUGCAUGAGGCGGGGCAGAACCUGGUGCGUGGGCGGCACUUUGCCUCCCAUGACAUCAUCGAGAGGUUGGACGAGCUGAAGAACAUCUUCGAGAGCCUGAAAAAGGAGUCGGAGAGCAAGGGCCAGCUGCUUCAGGAGGCCCUUCAAAUACAGACCUUCCUCUCAGAGGUGUCUGAGCUGGAGCUGUGGAUGGAGGAGCAGAGGCCGGUCCUGGAGUCCAAGGACUUUGGGAAGAGUGAGGAGGCCACGGAGGCUCUGCUGAAGAAGCUGGACGCUGUGGCCCUGGAGCUGGAGAGCCACCAGCUGAAGCUGACCUCGCUCCAGAAGAGGGGAGACCAGAUGGAGCACAGCGGCCAUCCUAACAGCCAUCUAGUGAGUAAGAGUCUGGCGGAUGUGUUGGAGCAGUUCCAGUCUCUCCAGAAGCUGUGUGCAGAGCGCCGUGCCGGCCUCCAGGACCAGCUGCACCUGUACGUGUUUGAGAGGGAGGCCAGAGAGCUGCAGGACUGGCUCCUCACACGCAUCACCCAGGCCCAGUCUGAAGACUACGGACAAGACCUUGAAGAUGUGGAGGUGCUUCAGAAGAAGUUUGAGGACUUCUCCGCGGAGGUGGGCUCCCUGGGCCAGCACAGGCUGGGGAGUGUGCAGCAGCUGGGGCAGCAGAUGAGCUCCAGCGGGGCCCAGCUCAGGGAGGAGGCUCUGCAGCAGCUGUGGGAUGAGCUCAACCAGGCCGUGAAGACCCGGGCCGAGAAUCUGCACUCGGCCCGUGAGGUGCACCAGUUUGACAGCGACGUGGACGAGCUGAAGAGCUGGAUGAGCGAGAAGGAGGCAGGCCUGGACUCUGAGGAGCAGAACCACGACCUGCUCAGUGUGCAGGCGCUGAUCCGCCAACAUGAGGGCUUGGAGAAGAUCUCUCCGGAGCUUGCUCGCCUUUACACAGGCUCAGUUCUUCGUAGAAACUUAGCGGCCUGGCGGGUUUACCAAGACGUGGAGCUUUACCCAAACCUCGGUUCUGGCAUGUUCCAAAAGAUGUUAGGAUCUCCUCCGUUGGCUCAGAGAGAUCUGCUGGUGAUUGAGGAGGAUGUGCAGCGGCGGCAGGAGGAGGGCCGUGACGUGGCGCGCCGGCUGCCGCAGGUGGGGGAGAGCGUGCGGGGGCAGCUGCAGGAGGUGACCCUCAGCUGGGGGAGUCUGCAGGCCAAGGCCAGCCAGCGGCGGGAGCGGCUGCGGCAGGCGGAGGCGGUGCAGAGAUACCUCGCCGACUGGAGGCAGCUCUCGACGUGGAUGAGGGAGACCCUGUCGCUAGUGAGAGGGGAAGGGGUGGGGAGUGAGCGAGGAGACCUUGAACAGCGAAUCAAAAGGCACGAGGAGUACCGCACGCAGAUUGACCGACAGCUGGACCAAUCACAGGCAGUAAAAAAUGAGGGACGGAGCCUCAUACAGGAGGGGACGUUCAUGUGCCAAGAGCUGGAGGAGCGUGUGGCGGAGCUGCAGGAUCUGGAGCAGGCCCUGCAGGAGAGCUGGGAGGAGCAGCAGCUGCUGUUGGCCGAUCAGCAGGAGCUCCAGCAGCUCCAGAGGGAGUUGGAGCAGGCCGAGCGCUGGCUCAGCACCCACGAGAGUGGCCUCAGGGCCGACAGCUACGGGGACUCUGUGUCAGACGUGCUGGAGUUGCUGAAGAAGCAGGAGGACCUUGAGGCCAUGAUUGAGGCCCAGAACGAGCGAUUCAAUGCCUUAAAUGAGAAGAAGAUGCAGAUUGAACAACGGCUUGGGAACAGGGAUUCCAGGAAGACACCUGUGCGGGUGUCUUCCCUGAAGCACAAGCCGGCGGACCACCCUCCGACUCCGACCGCACGAGCCACGGUGCCUUCCGUGCUCCGGAGCAGCAGCAGGGGCAAAAGCGACACCCCCGUGUCUGCCUCCAUCCCCUCUGCUCACUUCCUGAGUAAGACCCCCUCUAAGGGUCCUUCAUUGGGCUCCUCGAGGACCCCAACCUCACUUUCUAAAUUUCCACCAAGGUCCACCACACCAGAGCCCAGACAAUCCCCAUCGCCAUCGGCGAAAUACCUACCUGCCACCAGCUUUAUAGGAAAACAGCCCUCUAGUAGUGUUUCACCCACUGAACUGCAGUAUCCUACCCGACUUCCUUCCCGUGAGCGAGAGCUGCCGUCCUCUGAUACGACUCCUGGAGAUAGGCCACUCAUCGCACCGAAGCCAAGGCUGUCCAGCCAGAGCCUGAGAUCAGGGCACCCCGAGCAGCAGAGGCCAGAUGCAGAUCCUCCUGAACCAGCCCCUAGGUCUUCAGGGUCUCCUGUCUCAUCUGAACCAGCGGCUCGAUACUCUAAGGAUGCAGAGCAAUCUGAUCCCACUACAGCUGUACCUUCAACAUCUGAGGAAACUCCUGAAGUGGCUCCGCGAGCCUUCCAGUCUCCAGACCGUCUUGAACGCUCCACUGACACGGAACAUGCUCCACACCACACUGAACCAUCUCCUGCCCACUCUGAGUCACCGUGUCCUCCUGAACCAGCCCCUCUUCCCCUUGACUCUGAGCUGGCAGUGGCAGGCUCUGCUUCUGAUGUGCCGGGUAAACCUGCUCCAUGGCAAGAGCGGCCCUCCACUCCACCACCACUCUCUUCACUGAGGCUAGAGGAACAGCCAGAAGAGGCUGCCGUGUCAGAGCCCCCUCCUCGAAAGCAGCAGGUCAGAGAUUCCGCUGUACGUAUGGAGGGAACGCUGGAGAUAAGACUCAAGUAUGGAGGAACCAAAGGUUUGGACCACUGGGAGGCUGUGUAUGCUGUGCUGGAGGGGCAGACCCUCAACUUGUACAAAGACCAGGAUGCUUCUGAAGAGAGAUGUAGUACACGUUGGCCUCCUAUUGGCUUGAAAGGCGCACGAUGUAAAGACAACCCUUACUACCGGAGAAAGGAGAACACCUUCAAAAUCAUACUGGAAGAUGGAAGUCAUUACAUGCUCUCUGCUCAGAGUGAUGAACAACGAGGAGUCUGGGCCCAGGAACUACAGGAGAGCAUCUCUCCCAGCACCUCUCAGGAGCACCAUGGAAAAAAUGUAUCACUUGAGGAACGGGAGACUGCAGAGGCGAGCACACCAGCAGGUGAUCCAGACACUUUUGACACAGGCAGGCCAAACACUCCGACCAAUCAAGCACAAGCUGAGAAUGGUGAGAUGGAAAGGGAGCCGCCACCAAAGCCCCCCCACACCUACUACAACAAACACAGCUAUCCUGAUGGGAGCGAGGCAAGAGACACGGGUAAGCUCAUCCGCGAUCUUCCACAGAGAACGCUGCCCAGGAACACCCCUCCCUCCAUGCCCCCGCCUCAGCCCCCACUGACACCCAGAGACUUGAGCGGAAAGGACAAAAACGCAAAAAACAAGAGCGUCUUCAAAAAGCUCUUUAAGAAAUGAGCCGCCAGCAGAGGGAGACAGGCAUCCAUGCAGCCUACAGUCUGGCAUCACUGGCGCCUAGUUUUAAACCGCAGUAAAGAACAGUGAUGGUUCCUUUUGUUCUAACUUUCAGAAACAAUAUUUAAAGUGCUACACCUGGGCUGAACAAUUGUGACAGGAUUUUAAAACCAUGAUUUGCAAAAGAAGCUGGAUGAUUCGUUUUCUUUCUUUCUUUCUUUCUUUCUUUCUUUUUUUAAAUCAAAUGAUUGUGCGUAUGUUUACAUGGGAACAUAUUUAAACACGUAUUUAUUUUAACACCAAAAUGAAGAACACAAAGGAUAUAGUGUGAUCAGAACCUAUUUUUGUUGGAAUAUGCUCUUUAGAUGUAUUAUAUUUUGCAAUGAUUUUUCGAACUGUAUUUAAAAAUCAGUUUUAAAUGAAAAAAAAAUAAAAAUGUUCAAAAACUUG